UCCCCGCCACACAAACAAGAAGGCGAGCCAAGCCAAGCCAAGCCCCUCCGCGGCGCGCGCGUUAUCCAUCUCCCCCUCGCCGCCGCCCUAUCGCCGCUGCUCGAGCUCUCGAUCCCCUCCUCCUCGCUCCGCCGGCCGCCGCGGCCGCAACCCAGAUGAUGCCGCGGCAGUGCGGGAAUCGCGCGUUGCUAGCGGAGGGAUCGAGCACGGUGGUGGUCGUCCAUGGCCGCAAGACCAGAGGUGGUAUCAGCACUGUCACCUCCAGCAGGAGGAGGAGCCAUGGCGGUGUCAGGUACCACCGGUGCUGCCCCCCGAGGGCUCACCUAUGGAGGAAGGGCGAUCAUCUUCCUCUCCAUCAUGCCAAGAUCUCUGCUCGUUGUUCCGAGAUCAAGGCCCACACGGUGCUGCAAGGUUCAGAUGCUCUAAGCAGCAUCAGGGAGUGGAGCAGGUCGCAUUUGGUCACCAUGACAGGGCUGGUGGCGUGUGCUGUUCUUGUAGUCCCUUCUGCCGAUGCUGUGGAUGCUCUCAAGACAUGCACUUGCCUUCUCAAGGAGUGCAGAAUAGAGCUGGCCAAAUGCAUAGCAAACCCAUCCUGUGCAGCGAAUGUAGCAUGCUUAAAUACAUGCAACAAUCGCCCUGACGAGACUGAAUGCCAGAUCAAAUGUGGAGAUCUGUUUGAGAACACUGUGGUCGAUGAGUUCAACGAGUGUGCUGUUUCGCGCAAGAAAUGCGUCCCACAAAAGUCCGACGUUGGCGAGUUCCCAGUCCCUGAUCCAUCCGCCCUUGUCAAGAACUUCAACAUGGCUGAUUUCAACGGCAAGUGGUAUAUUUCAAGUGGCCUCAAUCCCACUUUCGACACAUUCGAUUGCCAACUUCACGAGUUCCGUGUCGAGGGAGACAAACUUAUAGCGAACUUGACAUGGAGAAUUCGCACCCCCGACUCUGGCUUCUUCACCAGAACAGCCAUACAGCGGUUUGUGCAGGACCCAGCACAACCCGCGAUCCUCUAUAACCAUGACAACGAGUUCCUGCACUAUCAAGAUGACUGGUACAUUAUCUCAUCCAAAGUAGAGAACAAGGAAGAUGACUACAUUUUCGUGUACUACCGCGGCAGAAAUGAUGCGUGGGAUGGAUAUGGAGGUGCUGUUCUGUACACCAGAAGCAAAGUUGUGCCUGAAUCAAUAGUACCUGAGCUAGAAAGGGCGGCAAAAAGCGUAGGUCGUGACUUCUCCACAUUCAUCAGAACCGACAACACCUGCGGUCCUGAGCCACCUCUUGUGGAGAGAAUAGAGAAGACCGUCGAGCAAGGAGAGAAGACCAUCAUCAGGGAAGUGCAGGAGAUCGAGGGCGAGAUCGAGGGAGAGGUGAAGGAGCUGGAGGAGGAGGAGGUCACAUUGUUCAAGAGGUUGACAGAUGGCCUCAUGGAGGUGAAACAGGACUUGAUGAACUUCUUUCAGGGGCUAAGCAAGGAGGAGAUGGAGCUUUUGGAUCAGAUGAACAUGGAAGCAACUGAGGUUGAGAAGGUCUUCAGCCGCGCCCUGCCAAUAAGGAAACUAAGGUAGCUUCUAGUUGCCACUCCAGCAAGUACAAGGCAACAAGUAAUGCUCAAAAUAUAUUCUAUUCACCAAGGCAAUACCAAUAGUAACAGAUUAUUCUACAGAGAACAAAGAAUUUUUGAAUCUGCUAAUGCAUCCCCAUUAUUACAAUACAUUUCCAGCUUAGAGAUAUGUAAAGUAUCAGUAACUAUGUAACUUCCAUUAAAAAAAGGUAUAUAGUGAACUUUGUACAACUGUUCCAAAUAUGAUAUGGAUUAUGUCCUUUUGAUGACGAUAGUUUGAAUGCUGUUAAU